AUGGAUUACUCAAGAGUUACCAAUACCACUGGUAGAUCCAGUGCCUUCAUGAAGUACAGACUUAACAAAUACACUGCUAGUUCGUCUGGUACUACACACAAGAUCAGAGAAGCUCUAAAUUUCAAGGAUGAAAUGAAAUGGAAGAGAUUCUCUAACAGAAGACUGGAACUUAUCGACAAAUUCAAGCUAAGUAAAUUCAAGGCUUCUGAACAAGAUCAAAAUAUUAAACAGAUUGCUAACAUUCUAAGAACUGAAUUCGAAUAUCCUGAAUCUACAUUAGGUGAAUUUGAAAAACUUGUUACUGCCGCUGUUCAGUCUGUCAGAAGAAAUAGAAAGCGUUCCAUGAAGAGACGCGCUGCCGCUGCCGCUGCUUCCGCUUCUAUGGCUAACAAUUCUAUGAAUGGUGCUCAUAUGAUGCCAUCGUUUAUGACUGCUAAUGGUACACCAACUACCUUAAGAAGUUCUAUGAACUUCCACAACAGUGACCAUUCUAUUAACUAUGGUAACUACUCUCAAGGUGCUAUUCCAAACACUUUUGUUCAAGCUCCAAUGGGUUAUUCUCAACCUCUACCUCAAUAUGUUGCUGACCCAAUCUACCAAACCCCUAACAUGCAACCAAAUGUAUUCAUUUACCAAAAUGUUCCAGGUAGUAGAUCCAUAAGUGGUUCUAACGUCACUCCAACAUUACCAGUGAUGCCUCAAAACAACGAUCAUCUAUCUUAUCAAUGGAUGAACAAUAACAACCAACAAUACAACGCCAUGUCUCUUCCAAUGAACGUCAACAUGCCUGUUCAACAUAACUCAAUGGAUCUUAUUAUGAAAUCAUCUCUCCCACAAACUUCCCAAUCUCAACAGGAACUAAACUACGAUACCACUCUAAAGGGUUUGAUUUCUAAUCUAAUAUCGAAUGUCAACAAUGGUAAACUUAACAGAUCUGCCAUUCCAGCUCAUCUAAGAGAUUCUUUGAUCAACGGUGUUAGACACUCUAAGACCUGUUUUGAGAUUUCUCAAUCUGCUUCUCCUAUCAAGAGCUUCGAAGACUUGAAACUUUCCGGUGAAAUGGCUGUUAGAGACUCUGUUUCCUUUGUUAUUCAAAAUUAUUUCCAUCAAUUAAUCACUUCUUCUUUGGACUUCGCUACAGCAAAGGUCUGUUCUCCUAGAACUCUUUCUGCUCUAGCUGUUGAACUAUUUGACUCUUCUGUUAGAUACAACAUGAGUCAACUUCCAAUGGUCGAAAUUCAAAUUGAGUUGCUUUACCUUGUUCUAGGUGCUAUUAUUAAGGAUUUUGGUUAUGAUCCUAAUUACUUACCUCUAGCUGACAUCAUUCACGAAAAAUUGAGAGAAGAUUAUCCACAAGAUGCUAAUCUAAAGCUAGUCAACAACAAACCAGUUGAACUACCAAUGAUGGACACCCUAGUAGUCAAGGAAGCUCCAAAACGUCUAUCUGAAGAAUUCCACUUCAAGAAGAUUAACAUCAACUACAAGGGUCAAAAACAAUUUUUUAUUUUCAAAUCUUCUGACAAGAAGUCCAUUACCAUUAUGGACAUUCUUGAAAACUGUAGAGCUAAAUUUGACAUUGACGAAGAAGAAGUUAACAACUUGGCUAUCUAUUACAACAAGGAUUUGAUUGUCAAUGAUAUGAAAUUAUCUAACAUUUUUGUCGCUCUUUCCGACACUGAUGAAUUCUCUAUUGAAAUCAAAAGUCUAAACAUUUCGGAUGAUACAAAGGUUCCACGUUACAUCCAAUCCCCAAUAUCUGCUAAGCUGAACAUGGCCACCCCCGUUUUAAAUAUUCAUGAAAAAUCAAGUGUAGAUGAUUUAAACAUCACUUUACCACCAAUGGUUGUAAACAAAUUUAAUCAAAACUCCUUUGGUAACGGUACUCUACCAAGACCAAUGCUACCGGUCACCAAAUAA